UUUCCUUCAGCGUCUUUUGGUUUCUGAGGCCCUGGUUCCCCCUUUCCUUCCUUCCCCACUGCCCUUGCCAGUUGCCACAGUUGCAGUGCAAGAAUUUUCAGCAAGACACAGAUUCUUCAUUCGCCAUCAUCAGAAAAGGAGGUGAGAUUCUUGCUCCCCCUCAACACCCCUACCCCUGGAAGCAGGUUGCAACCUGAAAGAUUGGAGGGAGGGAGGGAGGGAGAAAUUGGGAAAGUGGCUGUCAUGAUGUGUAGGGGUCCAGCACUGGAGUGGUUGACGACUUGACGGCGCUGUGGUGUGUACAGGCUGAGGGGGAGGAGGAGAAGAAGAGGAAUAUGAUAUAGAUCUCAGUAAGCCGGAGAUGAGGGUGAGGCAGCAGUGGCCAAGCUCUUGCUCCAGUGGGCGAGGCUGAGCUUCUUGUUCUCCCCAGUCCAUCGAUGCGCCGCCGCCUCCUCCUCGGCUCGCCGGAUCAGCGGAGCUCCAUGGCUGCUGUCCAGCGCGGUGCUGCGGAUUGAGAGGCAGUACUUGGGUCUUUUGCUACAGCUUGGUUGGCGUACUUGUGUUUUUGCCUUUCUUGGUGCUAGAAUGAUGGCGCUGCUGUUCUCGCCAUGAUGGAUGAUCCCUCUACUAGGAGAACGGCUGGGAUUUUUGGUUCUGGAAUGGGUUCCUUUGGGAUGGACUGGAGCCAGAAGGGCUCCGUGUUGUGGGAUUGGGAGAAUUUGCCACCGAUAGGUGCAAAUGGGAACCUUGUGCCGCAGGCUGAGGCCAAGUUUGCUGGCGUUGAGAUCACAAGGCAUGGAUCAGUGCAUUCUUCCUGCGGUACUUUUUCGUCCAGCUCGGAGAUGGGGUAUGGUUCAUCUAAGAGUUCCAUAUCCGCGUCGAUUGAUUCUUCGCCCAAGGCGGGGAACAACAUGGAGCUCAAUUUUGCACCUGCCAGAGUGCCUGACAAGUACAUACGCAAGAACACUGAUUUGAGAACCUCCCCGUCAUCAGUGAUAGCUGUAAGCAGUGGAGAGCCGGUGCUUAGUCUGAAACUUGGCAAGAGAACCUAUUUUGAAGAUGCCUGUGGAGGGCAGAGUGUCAAGAGUUCACCGUCAGAUUCGAGUAUAGUGACUCCUCCUGCUGCUCCGGUGAAGAAGGCAAAGGCGGCUCAAAACGUGCAGAACUCAUACUGUCAGGUUGAAGGUUGCAAGAUUGAUCUCUCUUCUGCUAAAGAUUACCAUCGAAAGCACAAAGUCUGUGAAGCUCAUUCUAAGGCUCCCAAGGUUGUUGUUGCUGGUCUGGAGCGGCGCUUUUGUCAACAGUGUAGCCGGUUCCAUGGUUUAGAUGUCUUUGACCAGAAAAAAAGAAGCUGCCGUAGGCGUCUCAAUGAUCACAAUGCCCGCAGACGGAAGCCACAACCUGAAGCAAUUUCGUUUGGUUCAUCAAGGCUCCCCGCAAUGUUCUAUGGUACUGAUCCAAGGCAACAGACAAGUCUUCUGUUUGGUCAAGCUCCUUAUGGUCAAAUAAGAAGCCGUGCAAGUUCUUCAUGGGAUAACCCUGGAGGAGCCUUCAAAUUUGCAGAAACUAAAGCUUCUUGGUUAAAGCCAGCAGGAGCUACUGGUCUUGAUGCCUUGCACCUAUCAAGUCAGCAGGUAUGGAACAACAUUAUGCCACAUGGUGCACAUCAAGAUUUUGCUGGGUUCAUGGCUUUCAAAGGAACCAGUGCAAAGGUCCUCAAUCAAGGCGUUGAAGCUUCUGUGGUCGCCUCCGACUCAAAUGGAAACCCGGAUCUUCAGCGUGCUCUCUCUCUUCUGUCAAACAAUUCGGCCGAUGCUGGUAACAACCAGCCGACCACCCAGCUGCACCCGGGCCUGAGCGCCCUCGCCAGCACAUCCAACGCAGUGAUGCAACAAGCCUCACCACCAGGGCUCUGGCAAGACGGCACGGCCCUUGAUCUUCAUGCGCGGUUUCAGGCUCUCGAUCCCAUGGGCAACGGCAGUGCCAUUGCAGCAGCUCACGAGCUCCAGCUCCCGAGACCGCCCUCGUACAACGGCUCCUCUUCCCACUAUGACCUGACGCGCUGAUGCUUCCUUCGGUUAGCGCCUCCGUGGUCGGGUUGCAAGGAAUCAGACUGGUUUCUGAUGUCUGAAACUCUGAAUUUUGAAUUGCUAUGUUGUUCUGAAAAAAAAUAAAGGCCCUCGC